AUGUACUGCGUGAAGAAGUCGGCUAGGGAACUGUGGGAGUCCCUAGACAAAAAGUACAAAACCAAGGAUGUCGGAUCAAAGAAAAUCUACCCCCUGGUUGGAAUGUUGUUGUGUGAGCCUUUCCAAGUGGCAUGCAUGAUAGAAAAGCUGCCCCCUGGUUGGAAAAACUUCAAGUUGUACUUGAAGCACAAGCGAAAGGCUAUGACGAUGGAGGAUCUUAUUGUUAGGCUCCGCAUUGAGGAGGACAAUAAGAUGGCUAAAAGGAGGGUAGGGAGCACCUACGCCGCUAAGGCUAAUGUUGUGGAACAUGAACUGGAGGAUGGCUCUGAUGUCAACCUAUCAGCGGUGGUCUCUAAGGUGAACAUGGUGGGGUCAAACCCUCAAGAGUGGUGGGUUGAUACUGGAGCUACCCGCCACAUUUGCUGUGAGAAGAAGCUGUUCACCUCCUUCGAGCCGGUUACAAACGGUGAGAAGCUGUUCAUGGGGAACUUUGCAACCUCUGAGGUUGAGGGUCACGGCAAGGUAAUCUUGAAGAUGACAUCUGGCAAGGAGCUGACUCUCAAUAAUGUCCUGUUUGUGCCGGACAUUCGUAAGAUCCUGGUGUCUGGUUCUCUACUAAGCAAGCAUGGCUUCCGCAUGGUGUUUGAAGCGGAUAGGGUGACUGUCACCAAGGCUGGGGUAUAUGUGGGAAAGGGCUAUAUGAUCGGUGGUCUUUUAAGCUCAAUGGAAUGA